AUGCUCGAAACUCAAAGCCUUCGUGCGCAAAUAAAUGCUCUUGCAUCCGAAAUUACAAAGGAAAAAAAAUUAAGUGGUGCAUCGAGUGAUAAAUGCAAAGCACUCAUCAAUGAAAUGAAUAAUUUAAGGGCAAAACUCCCUAAGGAUGAUAAGAAAACAAAGGAAAAGUGUAUUGAACCAACCUACUUCGAGUCGCGUCUAGAUAUGGUCACAAAAAUGGGUAUUAUGGGAAGUGCUUAUCCACACAAGUUUGAACAACAAUUUACGAUCCCUGAAUUUAAAAAUAAGUAUGCACCACAACUGAAGGAGCCCGGUGAAAAAAUUAAUGAAAUUGUUUCUAUUACCGGCCGUAUUAUCACCAAACGUAGUUCAGGAUCUAAACUUCAUUUUAUUAACAUUCAAGGGGAUAUGAGUGUUGUUCAAAUUAUAUCGUCUGUAACAGAUUAUACUGAUCCCGAUGAGUUUAACUUGAUUCAUUCCAGAAUUAAGCGUGGGGAUAUUAUUGGUGUUGAGGGGUUCCCAUCUCUUUCUAAAACAAAUGAAUUUUCGUUGAGUGCCACGAAAGUUACACUUUUAUCCACAUGCUUUCAUAUGCUUCCUGACGAAUACUUUGGAUUGAGUUCGAUUGAACAGAGAUUUCGUCAACGCUACUUGGAUCUUAUCGCGAAUCGAGACAAUAUAAAAAAUUUUAUCACUCGCUCAAGAAUUAUUCAAUAUAUGCGAAAAUUCUUUCAAGAACGUAAUUUUAUUGAGGUUGAAACGCCUGUGCUAAACCAAAUAGCUGGUGGUGCGGCUGCACGCCCAUUUGUUACUCAUCAUAACGACCUCAACGAAAAAAUGUACCUCCGCAUUGCACCUGAGCUCUACUUAAAGGAACUUAUUGUAGGCGGGAUGGACCGCGUCUUUGAACUCGGAAAGCAAUUUCGAAACGAGGGCAUCGACUUGACCCACAACCCUGAAUUCACGAGUGUUGAAGCAUACUGGGCUUACCAUGACUAUAAUGAUUGGAUGUCUACAACAGAAGAUCUUCUUUAUAGCCUUGCUAUGGAAAUUCACGGUUCACCACUUGUAAAAUACACUCCAAAAGAUUCUGAAGGUAGGCCAUUACCUGAAUUAACUCUUAAUUUUAAUAAGCCCUUUAAACGUCUUUACAUCAUUCCAGAAUUAGAACGACGGCUCAACAUUUCUUUUGAAACCGUAGAUUUUGAAGCCGAUGAAACAAUCACCUUUCUGAUAAAUUUAUGCAAAAAACAUAAUAUUGAGCCGAUUCCUCCAUAUACCGUACCUCGUCUUUUGGAUACGUUAAUUGCUGAGUUUUUGGAACCUGAAUGUCUUGAUCCAUGCUUUAUCUGUGAUCACCCACGUGUUAUGUCUCCUUUAGCAAAAUGGCACCGCGCUGACACCCGUUUAGGCGAGCGUUUUGAACUUUUUGUCAAUAAAAAGGAGCUUGUGAAUGCUUAUACCGAACUAAACAACCCCAUUGUUCAACGAGAAGAGUUUCAGAAACAAUUAAGAAAUCGUGAUAAAGGUGAUGAUGAAUCUAUGCAAAUUGAUGAAAACUUUAUUACAGCGCUCGAGUAUGGUUUACCUCCAACCGGAGGCUGGGGUCUUGGUAUUGAUCGGUUGGUAAUGCUCUUGACGAGUCAGUCGAAUAUAAAGGAAGUCUUGCUGUUUCCUGCUAUGAAAUCUGCCGAAAAGGACACACUCAGCUACCCACCAGGAACCCUACUGAAUGGACAAGGGGUUCCCCUUAUUUAA